AUGCUGCCCUCGGAAACUACAGACGAUGACCUUCAUUCCCAUGUGGAGACAUUGACAAUACGCUCUGAAGAGUCUUCGAUACAACAACAACGACAACCACAGUCGCCUAUUCGACGAGGACAACGACCCACAGCCAGCACUCGACGAGCUUCUCGAUUGCUUUAUGCUGAGAAAUAUGGACUCAAUUCGCCUGUAAGCGAUGAUGAAUCCCAUGAUGAUGAACCAUUGGGACAAGCUAUGAAACGUGUUAGCCAAGGGAUCAGCAACCAAAGCAUUGCAGCCAUGGCAGCAGCAUCAUCACGACCAAUUUCUGUGCGCAACAUAGCAGAAGUCAAUAAUCCAGCACGGCCCGCUCAGUUUGUGAAACCUGCAGCAUCACAGAGUACGAGCUUAAAUGGAGUGGGUGCCAUCCCUAGUGAUAUGCAAGAUAUUCAGACGCUCUAUGAACAUUUCCAACGCAAGGUGUAUAUGGAAGGGUACCUCAAUCGAAUGCAUGAUUUGACAGCCGAAGGUCGUGUAUGUAAUGAUCGUACUUGGGUAUCUCGCUAUGUCGAAUUAUGUGGACCUGUGUUGAUGCUAUGGGAUGCGAACAUGACCAAUGCGGCUGAUAACGAAGAUGAUCAACAGCAACAGCAACAACAACAUCAUCAUCACCAUGAGCGAUUACCCGAAUACAUGAAUAUCACCGAUGCACAUGUGGAAGGUUUACCAGAUCAACCAUUACUUUUCAGUGUCAAUUCAGCAGGAGCCAAUCGAUUUUAUUUUCAAGCUCCUGAUCAACCCACGGCUGCCAAAUGGAUAUGUGCUAUUCGAUUAGCAUGUUUUGAAGGAGCACGCAUUCAUGAGAUUUACACACGACGAUUCAUUUCCCGCUCAGCCUAUUCGGAUGUACUUCUCAAACGACCCGCCAAAGUUGAAGGAUGGUUACAAGUACGACUCCCUGGUGACACUGGUUGGAAGAAGUAUUGGGCCGUGGUGACCGAUCGGCGCAUUGAGAAAAAGUUGUUCGGCAAAAAGUCGGUGCCUACACGUGGUCAGCUUAUGUUUUAUGAGAGCAAAAAAGCCAAGCAUCCCGUCAAAUCGAUUGUUAAUGUUGUGCAAGCAUAUACUGUGUACCCUGAAUCACCACAACUUAUCGAUCAUGCCACGCUUAUGAAGGUGGAAGGCAACAUUUACAACGUAUCACCCACUACUGGAGAACAACAUCUCUUUCGUUCAUCAGCAGGUGUCCUCGUCAUGGCAACGGAUGCGCGUGUAUUGGUUCAAUGGAUGGUGGGCACAUUUGAUGCCUUCAAGUUGUAUGGUCGUCCUUCAAAGUUAUUGGAUGAUCCCAACUCAAUUCAAUCUCUCAACUUUGGUGAACCAUCCUAUGGCAUGAAAAAUCCACAGCUGUUUUUGGACUUGGCAGACGUGAUGCAUGUGAAUGUUUUGGGAGAGACAUUAUUGGAUAACAAGGUGGCAUUUGCUGCUGUCCUCGAGAAUAAGCAACGUACAACAAGGAAUCGACAAUCGGUGGGCAAUAUGAUGGGUCCUCGCACAAACAGUAUGCCCUUGAUUGCUGGUAUUCAAACAGGUGGAGCACCAGUUCCAGGUCCUGCUUCGCCUAUCAACAAUAACAACAUGCGUCGUCGUACCCUUUCCAGCACUCAUUUACCACAACAGCAUCAACCAUCAUUGGCAAGUCCUUCUUCAACUCGUCUUUCUACUAUUCCUCAAGGUCGUCAUUCUCGUUUGCAACAACAACAUCACACGUAUGCCAGUGAUGAUAGUUCUGAAGAGGAGGAGGAGGAAGAUGAUGAUGACGAGGAUGAAGAAUCUAGUGAAGAAGACUCCGUUUUGCAUAUCAAGAAGCCUUCAACAGCACAUGUACAACAACAAUCAUCAACAACACAUACAUCGGAAUCAUCUGCUGGUAGCACAGCUCCAACUACGCCAGCGGAUCGUCGUCGUUCAGAAUUAGCUUUGCCAGAGAUUUCAGAAUCAAAUGAUUUUGCUUCAUCACUUUUGGGCAACUUUGAAACGAAAAGAGAUGAGCCAGCUUCUUCACAACAAAAAGCUACACCGCCACCUCCACCUAUCCAUGGCAACACAACACCCGUUAAUCCAACAACACAACGUCGUGACAGCAAUGCUUCCAACAGCACAUUAACAACAAGCAGCAACAGUAGCCAUAGCAACAACAGCAACAUGAAUAGCAAGCAAAAGGGUAUAGCAACCCCGACACCUGGCAAAAGUGCUUCUCGUCCUGGCUCUUCUCUUGGUUGGGGCCAACGAUCAUCGACCAUGAUUAUGCCAUCUGACAGCAGUAGUGAGGAUAGUCAUUCCGUAACCAGCAAUUCAAGACCACCUGCCAUGACAUCACGUGCUACAUCUCGACCAGGUUCAGCCAUGAGCAAUACCGGUUGGAAUCGAAGAUCAUCUGCCAUGUUACCUCCCAACAGCAAUAGCAGUGGAUCCAAUCAUAGUAAUGGUGCGAUGGGUGGGAACAUGAGUCGUACAAGCAUCCACAGCAUGUCCCCUGUCAAUGGUGGUGCAUCCUCCGAUGUGAGUGGUGGUGGUCAUGGAUACCCACAAAUGCCUCGCAACAAUAGCAGACCUUCUCUUCUUGAUGGCAGACGUAGUUCGAGUGGAAUUUUAUUACAACAGCAAUGGGAUGCACCUCAAGAUUCACCGCAACAACAAUUCCUUCCUGAUUAUUAUUAUCAACAGCCACACAAUGCUGUUGACGAUGAUGAUGCACCUAUUAUUCCUCAAUUGGGCACCCACUUUGCUACACAAAACAGCCUUCUUGACAUGUAUCGACCUGAUCAGCCACCAGCAAGAAUGCAAGAAGAAUAUGCACGUGCGAGUGGUCAGCCAUUAGUGAGUCUCUCGAGCAAACCGACCCAAGAUCGUUCAGGCUUAGUUGGGAUGAUCAACAAUAUCGAGAGUGAGAAGCGUGAGCGAGAGACAUCUCGAAGCAAGAUGAUGGAAAUGGAUAAGGAACGUGCUCUUGAACAAGAACGAGAACGCUACAGAGAACAACGUCAAUCCAUGAUGAUGAUGUCGUCACCGGAGCCGCCAUCCGUAUCACAGCCAAAUCGCCAAUCUAUGAUGAUGAUGGGUGGUUAUCAAAGUCCAACACCUUCUUCAUCACAAAUGUCAAUCAAUGAUCAAAUGCAGCAACCAAUGAUGAUGCAAGCACCUAUGAUGGGAGGACCACAAUAUGGGAUGAUGAUGGUUGAUCCUCGAAUGUCCAUGAUGGAUCCACGUAUGAUGAUGAUGGCUUCACCUCAAAUGAUGCAAACGCCCAUGAUGAUGGAUCCAAGGAUGAUGUCCAACAUGCCAAUGAUGUACAUGAUGCAGACUCCCUAUGGCCCACAGAUGCAGCCUACCAUGUACUACAAUCCAAUGAUGCAAGAAACAAACAAAACCACUGCUACAACGGAUGAAGAUGAUGUUCCCCUUGGAUCACAACCUCGUCGACGUAGCAACGCCAACUUUUAUUAA